AUGCAAACGAGAAUCGUCGAUUUGAUCGUUUCAGACUCAAUUGACGCCUACGAUAGCUGCCUUCACUACCGAUCACUAUGCCUUCGAAACGAAACGUGUCAUUCAUACUUAUCCAAAUUUCAGCUUGUUUGUAAUUACGAUCUCAAUGUGUGUUCCGGCAGCAGUCCAUCCGAUUGUGUGUACUACCUUCGAAAAAUUCGAGAACAUUUCCCGACUGCCACCUGCACAUGCUACGAAGCAAUAGGAUUUUCUCAAGAAUGCGAUUAUUUUCGACAACUCUUUUGGAAUCAUCCGUGCGAGCGAAAAAUGCACGACAUUGGUGAAGAGAUGAAGCUGAAGAAUCGAAGGUUCCAACAAAUUGAAAUGAGUCGAAACGGUGCCUUCAUGAUGCCGCAUCAUCGACGGACAACGAGAACGCCGGUUGCUGAUCAGGUUCAGCAAUGGAAAUCACAGUUGAGUGGAGAAUUGACCAGAUCGAGUCUGCAACAGAAGACAUGCGACGCCGCUUUAUACCAAGUGUGUCUUCGGCAUGUCUCGUGUUCUCAAUUAUGGUCAUUGUUCCGCAAAAAUUGUGAUGUUGAUCAAGACAAUCAGUGUCGGAUGCAAGAUCGCGACAUCUGUUGGCAAUCGUUCGAAGGUCUCACUUGGACCGGACUGGGCGAUUGUAGGUGCGAGUCAUCCAACUCUUCCGAUUGCCAUUGGAUUCGUCUGCACACAAAUUACAAUAAAUGCAUUUAUGAAAUUUCGAAAUCUGGACGAUUUCCAGCAUUGAUAACACUCUCGCAACAAAUCCAAUCAUCAAAUCGAGCAGAUGACUAUCGAAGAAGAUACGAAUCGCGAAAUAAUAGAAACGAGGGAACGAGCAAAAAAGAAUCGAAUUCUUUCAAAUUGUACGCUCAUUUAGAUGGUCCCAAAAAGGAAUUUCCGCAAAAGUUCACUCCUCGUGUAUACAGCAGACGCUCGUCGUGUCAGGAUGCAAUCCGACGAUGUGAAUCGGUUGACGAAUGCCGAUGGCAUCUCGGAGAACUACGAGUUCGCUGUACAACCUCAAGCUCGUGUAGAAGAGACGAAUGCGCGGCGUCGCUUCAACGCUUCGCCACCUACGUGCCAUUUGCUCUCGUCGAAUCGAUAAUGUUUUGUCAUUGUGCUCCAGAAGACGUCGAAUGUCUCACACAGCAGGAGGUGAUUUACCCGAAAUGUCUGUACAAGAAUCAUGGAUUUCCUCCAACAUGCACUCAAGCUGCCAAUAAAUGCGAUGCAGAUACGAGAUGUCGACAUCUUCGUCAUGCUCUUAUCGCUCAUUGCCCAGUUAGGAAUGGAGAAUGCUCGAGAACAUCGCUGGAUGACUGCCGACGCACAAUUCUAUCGGCAAGAGCUUCGAUAUUGGAGCAACCUUGCAUUUGCAAACUCUCUGAUGUGACUUGUCUUGCUCAUCAGAAUUCGAUGAUUCCGACGAAUCCGUGCAUUGAAAAUGCGAUGGUCGAAUAUUCACGGAUAAUGGGAUACGAUAAGCCGUCUCCUGAAUUGGAAACCAACCGAAUUUUAUCCAAUCAUCGUUCUGGAUACCAAACUAUGGCUGAUUCGAAUAGCAUUCGAACACAACUUCAUCUUCCACCGACGGAAAAACCAACGAUGAGAUCGAUUGCUGAACGGCAAAUGAUUCAGACGACAAAGAAUGGAAGACAUAGAACAGCGAAAACAACGACGAGCACAACGACGACGACCACAUCGACGACGACGACCACUACGCCGAUGCCAAUGGAAUCGGGAACCACAAAGAAAUCGAGUAUUCUCGACUAUUUCAAUAUAUUCUCGAAGAAGAAAGAAGAGACUACGACGUUGGCGGCGGAAAAGAAGCCAAAGUUCCGAACAACGAAGACACCACCAACCACAUCGGAAGCACCACCACCAUGGGUGUCGACGACAACUGCGGCACCAACAACGACGACCGAGUAUGUAACACAUACACCACCACCGAGAGAAGGGUGCACAGUUAAAGAUUCAAAUGGAAGAGAAAUUUUCACACAUAUUGGAUCCAUAAUGAGGAAAUACGUUGAUUGGUCUGGACGAUGCUCAAAUUGGUGUGAAUGCAAAAUGGAGAAUCAUCUCGAAUGCGAAGUACUUCCGUGCCUCGAAACCGGCCAAUGCGAUGCUCCUCUAACGACACUUGAAUUUGGAGAACGCGUUUAUCUGAAAGAUCGUGGGGCCUGCUAUUGUGAAGCCGGCCAUUUCGUUUGCGAGCAUGCUGAGGAGGUUCCUGAGAUGUAUGCUGGAUUGUAUAUAUCAAUCGGCUACUCGAUGCUCGACGUCGAGCUUCUUCUCAAGAAUGUGCCCCGGGAUGUUCUCGAUAAAGCGGGUUUCUCAUCGUCAGACCCUUCAAAGGACAUUGCGAGUCGAAUGCAAAUCGCUUUCGAACAGCUUCUUCCAGAUAAUAUCAAAUGUCGCAUUGUGACAAUGUCAGAGCUUAGCGAACCUGGAAAUGCGAUAUACCGUAUCGAAUGGUACGGUAUGAACGAAAUGCUUAAUCAUACCAAAGUACAAUGGCAUUCAGAUGGAGCCGAAAAGAUUUGCUCUCCUUACGUUCACAAACUCGCCGAUCAUUUUUCGCUCAAUGAAAGUCCUCGAUUCCAAUUGGUUCUUUCCACUGUCAAGCAAGUCAAAGUCCUCGAUUAUCUCGACGGUUUGCCGAUAUCAUUCUCAACGGGCUUCUCAAUUUUCCUCUCUCUUCUCACUUUAAUCAUUCGACUAGGCUAG